UUGAGGAAGAAGAACAAAAUGUUCCAAUUAUAACCAGCUGUUUCUCAAUGGCAGAUGCAAACAUGGCAGAAAUUUGGCCAUCGGAGAAUCUUGAAGAUGUACCUAAAACUACAAAUAUUGUGCCGAACAGAACAGAUGAUAUCUCAAAGAAAACUGAUGAAAAUACUAAUGAAAAAGAGGUUGAUCUUGAUUCAAGUAUUGAUAAUCUUAGUGAAAAGAGUGCAGCUGAUACUGAUGACAUUUUCUCCAAGUCUACUAAAUCAACAAUGUUCACAAUAUUGAAGAAAGAUACUGGAAGGUUUGUUGAU